AUGGCCAACAUCGAUCCCGUAAAUGAGUCUAGAAGGGAGAAUGCACAAUACUUGACGUGUGACAAAUACGGACAUGGCCGACAAACGAAUAUCGAUGUGGAAGAUCCUAGAAACACUGGAACAAAAAAAUGUGGUUGUCCGUUCAAAUUGAUUGGCAAAAAGUCAAGGUUUGAUGAAUUAUGGCGGUUGACUGUCAGCAAUGGCAGACAUACUCAUCGUCCGGCUUUGUUUCCUCGCGGACAAGGUACGACUAGUCGUAUAACUCCACAACAGAAAGCAAGAAUUAAUGAAUUGCGAAAUUCUCACGUGAAGCCAAUGCUAAUCAUCAUGGAUAGAUUGAGGAAAGAUGAUCCGACGAUACAAACAUCUAUGAAGCAUGUUUACAAUGAGUUGGCCAAGAUUAAAUCUGAGGAAAUGGAGGGCAUGACUCUUAUUCAGUUUAUGAUGCAUAACUUUCAACAAGGCGAGUAUCGAUAUUGGCAUCGCGUCGAUAGUGAAACGAGCAACACGAUUACAUAUAUUAUGUUUGCAUGUCCCGAAUCUAUUAAGUUACUACGGCUGUUCCCGUAUGUUAUAUUGAUGGACUGCACAUACAAAACCAAUAAGUAUGGAAUGGCUCUUUUGGAAAUAGUUGGGAUAACUCCAGUUGGGAGGAAUUUUACAAUUACUGUUGCAUUUAUAAAUGUUGAGGCAAAUGCAACGAAAUUUAUAGGAGGCAACAAAGACCAAUGUUUAAUAUUUCGACGUGGGCUGUGGGCUAAGCUGGUGAAAUCAGAAACUGAAGAAGACUAUCAUUACAAUUACAAUGAAAUUGUAAGACGGUAUGCAGGGUAUCCUAGACUGAUACAGUAUUUGAAUGAUACGUGGUUGAUAUACAAGGAGAAGUUUGUUCGAGCCUACACUCGUAAUGUGUAUCAUUUUGGCAAGACGAGCACCAACAGGGUGGAGAGUGCUCAUUCUUCAGCGAAUGGUUGGUUAAAUGAUUCGACUGGAGAUCUGGAUAACGUGCAAGGCAAACUUCGGGACUAA